CCGUACAACUACAAAAAGGUGAGCGGAUGCCCCGCGAGCAGCUGAAAGUUGCGUUUCAAGUCUGGUCGUAUUUCCUUCUGCAGGGGCUGUUGUCACGAUGCUUUCUCUGCUGUCCACAGCUCUUCUGCUGGCUUGUGCAGGCCAGCAGGCACUCUCACAGUUUGUUACUGCUCCUAAGAACCUCACCACGAAGAAAGGUUACGCCGACAUCAAUGUUCGCUACAAGGAGGUGCCUACCGGCAUCUGCGAGCUCGACCCCAACGUCAAGAGUUACUCUGGGUACGCCGACGUCGCGCCCGGCCAGCACAUCUUCUGGUGGUUCUUCGAGACACGAAGCGGCAAUGCCUCGGAAGCACCCUUGACCACCUGGAUCAACGGCGGGCCAGGCUCGUCUUCCAUGAUCGGACUGUUCCAAGAGCAGGGCCCAUGCCGUAUCGACGAAGACGGCAAUGUCUCCAGCAACCCGUACGCGUGGAACAACGUCACCAACAUGCUCUUUAUCGACGAACCCACAGAAGUCGGCUUCAGUUACUCGACUCCAGUCGCCGCCUACAUCGAUCCUAAUUCGGGGUACAUGGUCGAAUUGCCGAACAACACAUGUCCAGACUACGCAAGCGACUGGGACUGCGGCACUUACUCGUACUUCAACGAGUCUCUGACCGCCAACUCGACGCCCGCAGCCGCACCGAACUUCUGGGCCACCCUGCAGGGUUUCAUGGGCGCGUUCCCACAGUACUCAAGAGAGGGGGUAUACUUCACUACGGAGAGUUACGGAGGCCACUACGGCCCAAUCUUCUCCGAGUACUUUGAGACGCAGAAUGCGAAGAACAUCUCGGGUGCGCACAACAUCAGUCUGGAGGGUUUACUGAUCGGCAACGGCUGGUAUGAUCCCUUGAUCCAGUACGAGUCGUACUACAACUUCAGUGUGUCUCCUGGAAAUACGUACGGAUAUGAUCCGCUGAAUCAGUCUGUCAAAGAUCAAUGGUACAACAAUCUCUACGGGCCCGGAAACUGCUACGACCAAACCGUCGACUGCUACAACAGUGGCCUCAACGAGAUCUGUUCCGCCGCCGACAACUUCUGUUACGAAGAGGUCGAGUACCUGUAUGACAUAUACCUAGGCCGAGACGAGUAUGACUUCCGUGAGCUCGUCCCAGACCCGUUCCCGCCCGAGUUCUACGUCGACUAUCUCAACACCGAUAGUGUUCAGGCCGCGAUCGGCGCGUACGUCAAUUUCACGGAGUCUUCAACGCCCGUUGGCAACGCCUUUGGGUCUACUGGCGACGACGACCGCGAGAUCGGAACCGUCGAGGCCCUCAAAGCUCUGAUCAAGCAGGGCGUUAAAUUGGUCAUGUACUUUGGCGACGCCGACUAUAUUUGCAAUUGGCUCGGCGGGCAAGUCGUGGCAGGGGAAGUGAAUGCUACGGGCUACACGGAUGCGGGCUUUGUGAACAUUUCUAGCAGUGACGGCGUGGUUCACGGGCAAGUCAGACAGUCCGGCACCUUCGCUUUCGUUCGCAUCUACGAGUCAGGUCACGAGGUGCCGUUCUACCAGCCUCUGGUUGCGCUCGAGAUGUUGAACCGGACCAUUCACGGUUUGGAUAUCGAGACGGGAAUGACCAGUGUGGGUGCAAGCUAUAGGACUUCUGGACCGAAGGCGAGUACGUACCAGGAGGGCAAUGCGACGGUGCAGAUGGAGGUCGUCGAUACAGAUGAGGUGUAUAAUACGACGACGUCGCAGCCGCAGAAUGGGACGUCGACCAAAAAGAGGACGAAGAGGGAUUUCGAGACGGUCAAGGGACGCGGGUGGUUGGUCAGCGAUGAGAAGUGAGCAGUCUCUUCAGUCGUGAGAUGAGAUAUUUCUCGUCGCUGUUGCUGCAUAGCGCCACAGAGCGUCUUGGAAGCAGGACGCGCUAAGCAGGAUGCGACAAGGCACCAAAAGAAAAGAUACAGGUCGCUAUGACAGUAAUGCCAAUGAUAAUA